AUGGUAUGGUUUAGUUUGAAGUUCGUUUUGUCGACUAACAUGGAUACUCGAAUAUUUGCGAAUCGAUCUCUUCGCUUGGACAAGAUAAAGUGUGUAGGAUUUGAUAUGGACGCCACGCUAGCAAUAUACAAUUCACCAAUCUCUGAAGAAGUGGCAUUUGAUUUGGCAAUUAAAAGACUCGUAGAUAUUGGAUAUCCAGCAGAAAUCGAAACCGCCAAAUACAGAAAAGAGUUUACUGUUCGUAAUGCAUGGUUUGACAAACGUCUUGGAAUUCUUUUAAAAACAGAUGAACACUAUAACAUCCUCAACGCAUUUCGAGGAUUCAACAAAUUGCGAAGAAAGGAAAUAAGGAAAUACUAUCCGAAUAAACAUAUUGCACUGGAAGAGACAAGAAUCUUUGUGUUGAAUACGGUUUUUAAUGUCCCUGAAACGUUACUGCUUGCUACAGUUGUCGAUUAUUUUGAAAAACAGUGCGGAUCGGAAUAUACAAGAUUAGCUAGUGGGAUAGGAUACAAGAGAAAAGACAAACAACAAAUCGUCUUCUACUCAACUAUAUUUGAAGACUGUAGAAGUACAAUCGACUGGAUUCAUAUGCAGGGGAGUUUCAAGGAUGUCAUCACUUCGAAUUUGUCGAAAUUCGUCGCAAAAGAUGAUCGCGCCAUAGCAAUGUUGCAGAAAUUAGCACAUUCUGGGAAGAAAUUGUUCUUACUCACUAACUCGGACUGGAGGUACACAGAUCUUUUAAUGACCCAUAUUAUGGAUUCAAAAUGGCGACAACUUUUCGACAUCGUUAUUGUUGAUGGAUGCAAACCAAAAUGGUUUUUGAAAGAUUGUGCUUUUAAAGAGAUGGAUACCGUCACAGGACGAGUAAAGUUGGGAAGCCACAGUGGACCACUGGAAAAGAAUAAUGUUUAUUGUAAAGGAUGUGCUACUGAGUUUAUACAACGAAUGGGUUUCGCUGGAAAAGAUAUCCUUUAUGUUGGAGAUCACAUUUUUGGAGAUGUUCUCAAGUCAAAAAAAGUUGGUGGCUGGCGCACUCUACUCAUCGUUCCAGAACUAGAUACUGAAAUGAAGGUGUGGUCUUCGCUGUCCAGAAAGUUCAACAGACUACUAGAGCUUAACAGUUCUCUUUCUUUCUCUGAAUCUAUGCAUGGUGGAAACGGAAGAGAUAUUCUUAAACAGAUUGCUAGAAUUACGGAUGAUAUGGAAGCAGAAUUCGGAGCGAUGGGAUCGAUGCUAAGAUGUGGAUGGAGACAAACGCAUUUUGCAGCGCAGCUGAAAAAGUACGCUGACUUGUACACAUGCAAUGUUUACAAUCUCAUCUAUUACUCAGGCACGCACUACUUUAACUCUCCUGUUCUACUUUUACCUCACGAAGAGAAAAUAUUGUUGAAUUCCGUGGAGGUUGAGGCCACCGGUGAUGUAUCCGAGAAGAGAUCUAGCGAAAAAGUAGUAGUAGAAGAAGAAGAAAAAGAAGAACCUCACCGUAAAACGCAAUGCUGUAGUUGUUGUCCAGUUUGA